GGGGAGGAAGAUAGGAAUGGGGCUUUGAGAGCGGAUGAACGCCAGACCCGGUAGGCUCUAUGCACCAACAGUGUCAUCCGCGCUCCCGGGCCAUGCAGACGACGCUCUAGAGGAGAUGCGAUAGUGGAGGCUGCUGAUGCUGCUGCUGCCGCUGCGGUCCGAUCAGAUGUUAUUUGUGUCUUGAGCAUCAUCACCGUGACGGACAGAGAGAUCGACAUCGAGCUACGGAGCCAGGGACAGCGCAGACCGGAGAACAGAGGAUGGAGUUCAAGCAUCUGGUGGAGGCGGCGGAGAAAUGGUGCUCCGGUAACCCGUUCGACCUCAUCUUCGCCGAGGAGGACGACGAGCGGCGGCUGGACUUUUACGCGGAGCCCGGAGUCUCCUUCUACGUGCUGUGUCCCGGCGGCACCGACAGUUUCCAUGUGUGGAGCGAGAGUGAGGACUGCCUUCCCUUCCUACAGCUGGCCCAGGACUACAUCUCCUCCUGUGGGAAGAAGACUCUGCUGGAGGUGCUGGAGAAGGUCUUCACCUCCUUCAGGCCUCUGCUGGGUCUCCCGGACAUAGAGGACGACAGUUUCGAGCAUUACCACGCCGACAUGGAGGGAGAACCGGGGCCCGACCACCAGCAGAUGGGGGUCAGCCAGCAGUGAUGAACCCUCAGAGGGAGGCCUGCAGCUGGAGUGGAGCUGCUGUGACGCCCCAGGCCUCACGUCAUCAGCCCGCGCACACCAACACCACACUUUGGUUCAAACACACACACACACACACACACACACACACAUACACACACAUACACACACAUACAGACAACUUGCUAAAAAAUGCACCACCAUGUUCUUGAAUGUCUCAGUGGCUUUGCUUCCCAAAGAGUGCACACUGUUGCACUUUGUUGACCUCCCCCCGUAAUAAACACCUACACACACACACACACACACACACACACACACACACACACACACACACACACACACACACACACUGGGGCUACAUGAGCGGCAGCCGUGUACAAUGCAACUAUCAUAAUCAUCCACCAUCUGGUUAGUUGAAGUUCCACAGCACAGCAAUAUUCCAUCCGCCUCGGCCGGCUUCGUUAUGCAGAAACGCCGCCGGGCGCCACCGCGACGCGCUCCCCCCGCGGGCUGUGGAGAGGAGCGCGGCGCGGCAGGCGAACGGGCGAGGAGCGGCAGCGGGACGGAGAUGCAGAUGCGCGAGCCGUGCCGCAGCCUUGGGCCCCUCCCGGUUUGGGUGACUCACCCCCUUUAGCUCCUCCGUCCUCAAGUCUUCCUGGUUGUUGGUGGUUCACAGCUCGCCCCCCUUUUUGCCCCUCAGCACAAUCUUUGCCAAAAACCUCGUUUGUGCAUGUUGCUUUCAACCGGCUUCUCGACCCAUGCGUUUAGUAAGUGCACAGGCCGCCCCCCCCCCUCCUCCGGGCGAUGGGACGGGGAGGAGACCCUAUCUGUCCGCUCCCCUCUGCCUGCCCCUGUUAGAAGUCUGAUCUAAUGGUGUGUUGUUGUAUGUCACAUCCAGUGCACUGCGAUGCUUCAGCCCCCUCCCACCAUCAUCAUCAACCACAUGCAAGACUGUUUGAGGUGGACCUUUACUUUGGCUUAUGGUAACCGUUUUGUCUUUUUAUCGCCUCUUUGAAUGUUUCUCAUGCAGUGUAUCUUCCGUUCGACCUCCAACGUGUGUGAAAUUGUUCAAUAAACCGUGUGAACUGACUGUU